CCCUCGCUUCGCGAAUUUGUUUUCUUUUUUUUUUUGUUAAUCAUUAAAAACGAGUUCGAUUCGCAUAUAUUUUUUUUGUGAUGCGCUGCUGAAUCCAUCUUUAAUUUGUAUAAAAAUCCAAAAAAAAAAAAAAGAAGAGUGAACAAAAGAAAAAAAGUGCAGUUAAAAUAGAAGAAGAAAUAUAAAUAUAGAAAAAAAAAAGUGGUAGAAAAAUUAGAAAAGAAAUUUCAAAAGAAAAAAUGCCCUGUGAUAUUGGGAAAUCAUCGGAUAUUGAAAAUGUGGACUGGAGUACCGGCACCGGAUCGGGUCCCCAUUACACGAAUGUUGUCAGAUUCGGUUCGAGCAGCAGUCAAGCUUCACAAAGCAGUGGUGAUAUAUGUCGAAUAUGCCAUUGCGAAAGCGACCCACAAAAUCCACUUCUAACGCCAUGCUACUGUUCAGGUAGCCUUAAAUACGUCCAUCAAACCUGCCUUCAGCAAUGGCUGACCGCUUCCGAAACAAACUCCUGCGAAUUAUGCAAAUUCCCGUUCAUAAUGCACACAAAAAUAAAGCCCUUCAAUGAAUGGCGAAGCUUGGACAUUUCUGGUGUUGAACGAAGAAGACUCUGUUGUUCGGUGCUGUUUCAUUGUGCUGCAGCAUUGUGUGUGAUUUGGUCACUUUGUGUGCUUAUUGAGAGAGCUGCUGAAGAUGUCAAACGAGGAAUUAUCGAUUGGCCAUUCUGGACGAAGUUGGCGGUAGUGACCGUUGGUCUUACUGGUGGAGUUGUAUUCAUGUACAUUCAGUGCAAAGCAUAUUUACAUCUAUGCCACAGAUGGAGAGCUAGAAAUCGCAUUCUUCUAAUACAAAAUGCUCCCGAGAAAGUACAUCCGCUUUCGCCGCCAUCACCAGUAUUGCAUAGCCGCAGCAUUCCCCACAAUAGUAAUGCGUUAGUUUCGCAUGCGAAUACAACGAACAACUACAACUACAAUUCCUUCAAUUAUCCAUCAGCUUCUGCUGCGGCAGCUGCCGCUGCAACAGGUGGUGCUCGAGGAAUAGAAGAUCAACAAGACGUUGUCGACAUUCAACCAACAUCGGUUAGCAAUCUAGCUCACCAGUCGGUGUCCAACGGUACCGGCCAGUAUCCACACACAGGUCAGCAUGGUCAAAUUGUUGCCAACAUAGAGAGCAAUUCACAUAAUUACGAUCGUGACUGGACAUUAGACGAUGUCAGUCAAAUAUCAUCAUUUCGUCCGUGCCCACAGGGUUCGGGCAGCAUGACACCCUUCCAUGACUCCAUCCACAAUGUGCUUGAGCACUCCCAUAGUGGCAGUAAUUCUGUGAAUGGAUCACGUCAAGAUCUCAGCCCGUCAAUGGCAUCUGGAGCGGGUGCUGUGGCACAUCCAUUACAACCGCACAACACUGCCAGCGUCAGUAGCAACAGUGAGACAACAAGUCGAACCACCAAUUCAUAUGUCUUCAAGCCGACCGCCACCACUUCGUCCGGUUCGAUCUUCACACCAACUAAUCCGCACUAUCAUCACCAUCAUCGGUAUUCUAAUUCCUCGGUGUUCCUUGAGAAUCGUGAUAUUCUCAAUGACUCUGGCUUCCCAAAGAUUAACUAUAGGCAUUCGAGUGUACUUACAUCGCCCGACAUCAGCGAUAAUUUAGAUAAAUUCCUCGGCAAAGAUCUGCGCCGUUAUUCGGAUACAAAGCUUUUAGCUAGCGACACCAAUAUUGUGAAUUCCAAAUUUGAACACACUCCAGCUGCUAAUAGUGAUGGAACUAACAAACCAGCUCCAAUUGCUGUUGGUUUACCACUACAAUCCCCUGACAUCUUCGAAAGUGCCAUCCAAAGGGAACAACGACGUGCUUUGUUCCGCCCUGGUGGUGAUGCUACAAAUCCCCGAAGUAAACUGCGACUCUCUUUAGACACCAUCGAAGAUGGUUGUGGUCCGAUAAGUUUUAGCACGACAACAACAACGACGGCUGGAGGUGGUGGUGGUACAACCAGCGCAAGUGAUUGUGCCAAGAGUGAAGAGCAAUUAAUCGAUAGAAAUCGUUUGUUCUUCAAGUCAUUGCCAAAUUUGAGCAGCAGUUGUGAAAGCCUUAUUAAGAAGUAAAAUUAGUUAUUUUUAGAAGUAAAGUAUACAAAAAAAAAAAAAUGCUGUCAUGUCCAUUUAGUUUGCGUGAAAAUUAUAUGAAUUAUUAUAUCCUGAUCUGU